AUGGCAGCACCAACCACUGCAGCUGCAUCACCAACAACCACAGCUGUAGCAACAACUACUGCAAUUGAAACAGCAACAACCACAACUGCAGCACCAAUGACCACAACUGCCGCACCAACCAACACAACAGCUGGACCAACCACCACUACUGCUGCACUUACCACAACAGAGGCUGACUACUACUGUACUUACAACCACAAGUAUUGCACCACCGACCACAACUGCAGCACCAGCCAUAAGAACUAUAGCACCAAUGCUCUCAACUACAGUACCAACCACAACUGCAACACCAACCACCACAACUGCAGUACUAACAACUGCAACUGCAGCACCAUCCACUACAACUGCAGCAACAACAACCACAACUGCUGCAUCAACAAAGCCUACUACUGCACUUACCACCACAACGGAUGCAGCAACAUCUACAACUGCAGCACACCAAAAGCCACAACUGAAGCAGAAAGAACUAUAACUGCAGCACCAGCCACUACAAUUGCAACAAAAACCACCACAACUGCUGCACCAACAACAACUACUACUGUACUUACCACCACAACGGAGGCAGCAGUAUCUACAACUGCAGCACAAACCACCACAACUGCAACACCAACCACCCCAACUGAACCAGCAACAACUUCAACUGCAGGAUCAACCACCACUACUGCAGCCCCAAACACUACAACUGCAGCACCAACCACCACAACCAUAGCACAAACUACCUCAACUACAGCACCAACCACAAAAGCAUCACCAACCACAACUGUAGCACCAACUACCACAACUGAAACCGCAACAACUACAACUACAGCACAAACCACUACAACUGCAGGACCAGCAACCAAGACUACAGUACAAACCACCACAAUUGCGGCACCAACAACAACUACCACUGCAGUUACAGCCACAACGGAGGCAGCAACAUCUACAACUGCAGCAUCAACCACUACAACUGCAGCACCAACCACCACAACGGCAGCUCCAGCCACCAUAACUGCAGCACCAACCACUACAUCUUUAGCACCAACCUCUACGACUGCAGCACCAAUCACCACUACAGGUGCGCUAACCACCACAACUGCAGAAUCAACCAUGACAUCUGCUGCACCUACCACCACAACUGCCUCACUAAAAAACAAAACUGCUACAACCACAACUAUAGCACCGGCCACCACAAUAUCUGCACAAGAAAGGACUACUGCAGCAACAACCACCACUUCGUCAACAACACCCACAACCACUGCAACAACAACCAUCGCUGUAUCUGCAACAAAAACCACACCUCUUGACCCAAUCACCAGAACAGCUGCAUCACCUACUACAACUGCUGCACCAACCACCAAAAUAGAUGCUCCAACAACAAGUCCAGCAAUAAGUCCUACUGCUGCACAAACAAUCAGAACUUCAUUAGCUAUUACAACUAGUAAACCAGCAAUCACAACUGCUGCAACAAUAUUGAUUAACACAACCACCACUCAAUUUACAAGUCCAGUAUCAGUUACCACUACAACAACCACUAGUGAUGCAUCUGGUUUCAAGCUUGGUAUGCUCCACUUGCUUCUCGGACUGCUAGUGUUCUUCUUGUAAUUUAGAUAGCCAAUGAUUUUUUUCAUUCUUGAAGAAAGACCUGCAAGGUUUUUUGGGGGGGGCGUUUGUAAAAAUUUACAAUAAUAUUUUUGGUGUAUUCAGCUUAUCAUAAGUUUAAAAAAUGAAAAUCAAUUUUUCGGACUCAUUUUCACCAAGUCAUUCAUACGUUUAUAAACGUCAUAAUUCCAAAUUAAAUAUUUAAUUAGCAAGUUAAACAUUCAGUUUGCAAACUAAAAAUAUUUUUCCAAAUUAAUGUUUAG